AUUUUGAUAAAGUAACGCCACCUACAUUUAUGAUCGAAGUGAUUAUUUCGCCAAAAUUAAAUAAAAUUCCAAAAAGAAACCUUCUAAAUAAUAUAUUAGAAACUAAGAUUAGUUCAAGACAAAUAAUAAAAUAAUCUGCACUCGAUCAUACUGGUCAAGCAGCAAGAAAUCUUACGCUUUUGGAUUAUUAUAUAGAAAACCAUUUCAGGUGGGGAUUAUGAUUUUAUCAAAAAUAAAAACACUAAUAUUUAUUGAUGUUAAAUGAAGGUAAUUCCAAGUUCGAAGGUUUUUGUGGAGUAACGGUGUCGGAAAGAUUCACAGAACAGUAAAUAGAAUAAGAUGAACGUCAAAGGUGAUAAACAAAAGGUAAAGAAAGGAGGUGGAUAUGCCUUUUUUUACAGAACAUGCACAGAGGAUUAUAAAAAGAAGAACCCUCACGAAUCUGUUGUGUUUGCUGAAUUUUCCAAGAAAUGUACUGAGAAAUGGAAGGGCAUAAGUCAACAACAGAAGUAUCUAUUUGACGAGAUGGCCCAAAAAAAUCAUAGGACUGAUAGAGAGGAAUCACCAACUAAGAUGGAUGACGCUGGAAAGGGAAAGCGAAAGAAAAAAGCUAAAGAUCCGAAUGCCCCUAAGCGUUACAUGUCAGCAUUUUUGUGUUUUUGUGCCGAGAAGAAGGAUUCCAUACGUAGCCAAUUUCCUAACAUAACCCCAAUGGAGAUAGCAAAAGAGCUUUCAGUUAAAUGGGAGGCCUGUGAUGACUUGUCACACUAUGAAGAAAUGUCUAGAAAGGAUAAAGAACGUUACGAAAAGGAGAUGGCUGCCUAUAAACUAGGACAGAGUACUGAGGCUGAAGGGCAACCAAGGAAAAAAUUAAAGAUCGACCCUCUAGAUUCUCUUCUUAGUAGUAAUUGAUAAAAAAAUUCAAAGAAUAAAAUUAUCUUUCUAGCACUGGGCUUUUAUCUUUUUUCUCAAGAGAAACAGGAAGAAUAAAGAACUAAAGAUUAAAGAAAAAAAAAUCUAAAUGCUAUUAAAGAACUUGUUACAAUGCCAUGUGUUAACGAAGAAUUUUACCCAAAGAAGGAUUUGUCCGAUAAAAGAAUUGAUAGAAAAAAUGGUUUUCUUUGAUUUUUGAACUUGUGGCCUUAAACGUUUAACCUUUUUUUAUUGAGUUGUCAUACGAAGAUUUAUAUACAAUUUAUAAAUUGAUGAUUUUUUAGUUAUUUUCUUACUACUAGAUAACUUAGACUAAGGGAAAGAAUAUUUUAUAAAGCUAUCGCCAUCUAUAGGCAAGAAUAAUGCAUGCAAUACUGCUAGUGUACACCAGCAGAAUGGCCUGGUAAAUGCUGCAUAUAACUAGAAAGAUCUGCGCUGUUUUCGGGGAUUGUCCGAUGGCGUAAUGAAAAAUCAGCCAAUACGAAAUAGAUGAGUUAAACCAGUUCGCCUGAGGACGUCCCCUUUUACAAUACAAUUUUUAAAAAACUGAAUUACGUAUACUUUUUUUUAUUACAUAACCAUAUAUUUAAAUGUAAAAAUGUCUUAUUAUACAUUAAUAGAAGAAAUAUUCUUCUCUUCUCCAACUAGAGACAUCUAGUUGUAGGUCAAAUAGUCCAGUAUUGGAUCUUAAACGAAGCACUAAAUUGGUUCUAUGGCAAGGAAAGAAAAAUUAG